AGGGAUGGGUAGAAGGGAGUUGGGGAAGGAAAGGUAGGGGCAUAACCGAGGGGGGAGGAGGGCGGAGAGCUGGGAGGGCGGGAGCAACAGUCUCUCCUCAGCCGCUGUGGGAGGAGGACUCGUGCCGCCUCCGCUGUGCAUGUGCGUGUGUGUACGUGUGUGUGUGUGUGCCCGCCCGUCCGUCAGUGUGCGUCGCGCCAUGUACGUGUUCCGGGCCAUGUGCGCGUCACAGCCCCGGGGAGGCGUCACGGUGACCCCCAAGAGUCGGCUGUGACCCCGUGACCAGCGCUGACCCCAAACACUCCACUCCCGGGACGCGAGGAUUAGUGACCUAGCCAAGUACAGGCUGGCGUGAUCUGCGCCCCGUGACCUUUGAUCCGUGGCCUGCCGUGACCCUGCGCAUUCCCCAGGGGAAGGCUGCCGCGGCCCAGCAUGACCCGUGUGACCCAGUGACCUACAUGACCCCAGGGAGGCCUGGAGGUUACUGUGGCCUGCGAAGAACUGAGGUUUGUCUGUUACCGGCCCCAGGAGGUCAGGUCAAGGCCUUGGUGACCUAAUGGUGACCUGCAGGACGAGGACGAGUGUAUGGCGAUCUAAUGACGAGUGUGACCUCGAGGAAGUUUUGCGGGACGAAUGCGGCGUCGCUGAACCCUCUGAGGAAUGCGAAUGACCUCUUGCACGCCUUGGAAGGCAAGUGUAGUGUCGAUGCAGGGUGUGGAGGACGUGUCCUUCAAACCUUUCUCACGGCGACACAGGUUUACUUUAAGAACAGCUUCCAAGACGCUUUCCAGCCUCGUGACGGUACUGCAAGCUGUGUUCCUCCCGCCGCCCGGUGUUCUGAAGAAGGGGCGAGCCAGUGAGUAGUGUGUCGCCACCCAGGCCGAGGCGUGACCAGUGCUGUGCGAAACGUGCUUCAGAGAGUCAUAGGAAGCAUUAACCUCCUAGAGGGCGUCUUAAAAACAUAUAAAUAACAAGACGCUUCCACACCCUUUAAAGCGCAGCAGGAUAUCGUUUUAACAUCCCAUCAAGAAUAACAGGGCGUCCAACAGCCUAUGUAGGGCAGCAGAACUUCUUGAUACUCUCUGAAGACCAGCAGGAGACCUUAGCACUAUAUAAAGGACAGAAACCUAAAAAGUGAACCAUAUAUUGAACGUUGAAUCUAACACGCUAUAAAGAGCAGAAGGAUGCCUUAACACUACCCGCGACAAAAAGAAGUCUUAACACCAUAUGUAGAACAACAGACGCUCUAAACCAUUAUCAGAAACAAGUCGAAGUCUCUAGAAAGAUCAGUAGGAUGUCUUAGCACACUAUAGAGGAUCAGGAGGACUUAACACCCCAUACAGCAACAAGGGACGUCCUAAUACUCUACCAAGAGCAAAAGGACGAUCCAACACCUAAUAUUUAGCAGCAGGAGGAUCGAACAGCCCACCUUAUCACCCUAUACAGGAUAGAGGGACGUCUCAACACCCGACACAGGACCACAAGACGUCUUACCCCGGGGCAGGAGGAUCUAACACUCUACAGAACGCCCGCAGCAGGGAUGGAGAGCCAGGAGAGCAGUGAGGACCCAACCUGGGCCCUCACCGGCGGACCUUGGCUGAACGAAACCUCGGGGAACCUCCUCAACGGGACCUCAAGGACGGGGGUGGAAGGGGCGUGGGCGGCGCUGGCGGGCGUGGGCGUGGGGGGGAAUCUUCUGGUAGCGGGGGUGUUCCUGGUACGCCCCUGGAACCGUACGCCCCUGCAGGUGGACCGCAUAGUGGGUCUCCUCGCGCUCACCGGCCUGGCCACCACCCUCGCCGCCGUGCCCGCCCACCUAUACACUGACUCGGGUCACGGGUCGCUGUGUCAGGUUCAAGGCUUUCUGCUGAACCUGCUGUGCCUGCUGUCCCUCUGGUACACCACACUGCUGGCGCUGGAGAGGUACAUCAAGUUCGCCUCGCCGCACGAACACUCCCUCACGUUCUCGCUGCUCAACCUGAACGUGCUGUUGUGUGGCGUGCUCGUGCUGCUGCUCAUCGAAGUGUCGGGGCCUAUCUACGGCUGGGCGGAGUACGGCUACGUGGAAGAGUGCGGCGUGUGCGUGCUCAACCCCACCUCGACGCACAUCUUCACCUACACGGUUAUCCAGACGGGCUGCUACGUGAGUUUGCCCUGCCUCGUCACCGUCGCCGCCUCGGCCGCCGUCUUACGGAGGUGUCACGCCAACCCCAACCCCCUCACACGCGGCUCCCAGGUGCUCAAGUCAGCGGCCGGCGUGUGCGUGCUGUGCCUAGCCAUGCUGAGCUCCGUGCUGCUCAUGCUGCCCUACCACCUGCUGCUUCUGCUUCAGGCGGCGGAGAUCAGCAUUCCCGUCUGGGCCAAGGGCGUCUCGUACUGGCUCAAGCUCGUCUCCCUCACCUGCGUGUACCCGCUGGUGCUGCUCACGGCGCGGCCUCGGGAGGUGUGGCCGCCGCUGCUGGCCGCCCUCCGGAAGAUGCUGCAGUGGCGGGUUGAGCGCGGGGAGGCUGGCGGGGGCAACGGGCGUGGCGGGGGCGUGUUGUGGCGGAGGCAGCGUGGCGGAGGCAACGGCGUGGCGGAGCAGCAGGACGUCCACCUCUCCAGCCUGGACCCCCACCCGCCCGCCGACAAGAACUCCUCCUUCAAGGUCUCCCGCCCGCCCUCGCCGCCCGCCAACGACAAGCCCGCGUCCGUCACCAGGCUGUAGGCGGCGGCGACGAAGGGCUCCCGACACACAGACUGCGGGAGAAAGACGUGCACUGAGGGAUGGUGUGAUGUCAGGCCGUUACCAAACACAGGGACGUUACAGGACGCACCUACAGGCACCCUAAGGCCUGCAUGACGCAUCUACAGGCAAUCCAGGACCUGCAGGACGUUCUAACUCUGUACAGGACCCAUUACUCAACGCAUACAAGUGUGGGACAUUUCAGUGACGUGUAGACUGAGUAAAGGAGCUGCAAAAUGUGUUACUAAGAUGCAGGACGUUACAGGAUGCAUCUACAGGGAACUUACAGGACUCCCCAACCUUGUACAGGACACACUACUAAACUCGAACACUUGUAGGACAUUCUAGUGACGGGUGGACUGAGUAAAGGCGCUGUUAAACGUGUUACGAAGAUGCAGGACGUUACAGGAUGGCCCAAUAUAAUCUGCAGGACACCUUAGGAACCUGCAGAACACUACCCAGUUGAACACCCACGAGAACACAAUUGCAGUCCCAUCACCGAGCUACAGGACGCAGAGACAGGCGCUAAUUGACCUACAGGACGUCUUAGCAUCCUGUAGGACAUUUAACUCUGCCUAACACUCUCGUAGGAUGUGUCGGUAACGUGUAGGAUAAGCCACGACGCUGAAAACCAAGACGUGACGGAGCAGGACACUUGGUUAUCAGGAGACGCGACGGUGUUCCUGCAGGAUGCUCUACAGGCUGUGCAGGACGCGACAAGGGCUGCGGGGCCGAGAUAGAGAAGGCCGUGGAGUAAUUUUCCGAUUGAGUGCUUCGUUUCGCCAUUACUCUGAUGUGCUCUUCUUCCCCCUCCUCCUCCUCCUCCUCCUCCUCCUCCUCCUCCUCUUCUUCCUCUCCCCCAUAUUGCCUUUUUCCUUCCCCUUCCUCCUCUUCCACUUGCUCCUCACGCCAUCUCCUCUUCCACUACACCCACUUCGUCUUCCCACGCGACCGUUUACUUCUUCCCCCUCCUCCUCCUCCUCCUCCUCCUCUUCUUCCUCUCCCCCAUAUUGCCUUUUUCCUUCCCCUUCCUCCUCUUCCACUUGCUCCACACGCCAUCUCCUCCACUUCACCCACUACGUCUUCCCACGCGACCGUUUACUUCUUCCCCCUCCUCCUCCUCCUCCUCCUCUUCUUCCUCUUCCCCAUAUUGCCUUUUUCCUUCCCCUUCCUCCUCUUCCACUUGCUCCUCACGCCAUCUCCUCUUCCACUACACCCACUUCGUCUUCCCACGCGACCGUUUACUUCUUCCUCCUCCUCCUCCUCCUCCUCUUCCACCCAUUGCUUCCACCUCUUCCUCCUCUAUCCUCAUUUCACCUCCUCCCGGUUCCCUCCUCCACCCACGUCUCCACACAAUGCCUCGUCCAUCUCCUCUGUUCUCUCCUUCCACCUUACCCUCCUCCACCUCCUUUCACCUCCUCCCCCUCCUCCUCCUCCUCCUCCUCCUUCACUACCUCUCCUCCACCUUGUCCUCCUUCCAUUCCGUCAGCCAUCGCCUCCUCCACAUCACUCCCCUGUCUUCUGCCUCCUCCAAACUCAUCCUCCUACCUACUCCACCUUACCCUCCACUCCCCCCCCGACCAGUCUUCUCUUAUCCCACUCCUCGUCUUACGUUACAAUAUACCACCUGAUUCUUGCUUACAUAACUUGCGGAGAAAAUAUAUAUUGUGAUGAUGAUGGUGAUGGUGAUGGUGGUGGUGAUGAUGAUGAUGGUGAUGAUGAUGAUGACUAUAAUGAUGAUGAGGGAUAGUGAUGAUGGUUAUAAUUCUUCUUCUAAUGAUGAAAAGAAAGAAAGAAGGAAAGAAAUGACAAAGAAAAAAAAGGAAAGAGAAAAAGAGAGAAAGAACGAACGAAAGAAAGAAAGACAAAGAAAGACAAAGAAAACAAAAAGCGAGAACGAAAGAGGAGAAUAAAAAUAAAAGAAAGAAGGAAAAAAGAAAGAAAGGAUGAAAGACAAGAAAGAAAAGAAAAGACUAAAAGAAAAAAUCAAAUGAAAAACUCCGAAAAAAUAUAAGAAAAAGAAUAUUCCACGCCUAACACAACACCUCUCCCCUAACCCCCAACCCCCACCCCAUCCCCCAACCCCCCUUUUCUCUUCUCCCUUGCUCUUCCACACACCUUUUGAAUUAAUAAGUUGAAAAGCACGACGAGGAGGAGGAGGAGAAGGAGGAGGAGGAGCGAGGCGAGGAAAGACACAGGCAAGGUCGUGAAGAAAACUGAGGAGGAGGAGGAGGAGGAGGUGGAAGAAAAGAAAGGCAAAGAGGAGGAAAAGUGAGGGAAAGUUCGCUAAAGAGAGGGACAAAGGACCACUAAGAGUAAGAGCUUGGAGGAAAAGAGGAAGGAAGAAAGAGGAAAAAGUAAACAAGAAGAAGGAAAGAUGAGGGAAGAAAGAGGAAGGAGGAAGGAGGAAAGAGGAAGGAGGAAAGAUGAAGGAAGAAAAAGGAAGGAGGAAGGAGGAAAGAGGAAGAAGGAAAGAUUAGGGAGGAAAGAUGGAGGAGAAAAAAUGGAGGAAAAAUUGAGCGAUGGAAAAGGAGUAAAAAAGAAAAAAAGAAAAAGCAGAUAAUUGACGGACGUGGAAAGAGAAGGAAGUUGAUGAAUUAAAGAAAAGGUGAAAGAGAAGAAAACAAUUAAAGGGGAGGAGAGAAAAAAGAGGUAAAGACGAAAGUGAUUGGGAAAGACAUAAUGAAAGAAAAGUUUAUGCUAAAAAGAUUGCGAAGGAAAAGGUGGAAAAUAUGCGUAUGGAAAUUAAAAAGCAAAAAGAAGAGGAAGGUGCAGAAAAAAGGAGAAUAUGAACAGUGGAAGGAGGAAGAGGAGGAGGAAAAGGAAGAAGAGGAGGAGGAAAAAGAAGAAGAGGAGGAGGAAAAGGAAGAAGAGGAGGAGGAAAAAGAAGAGGAGGAGAAAAAGUAAAAAGAAGAAGAGGAGGAGAAAAAGAAAGAAGAAGAGGAAAAAGAAGAAGAGGAGGAGGAAAAGGAAGAAGAGGAGGAGGAAAAGGAAGAAGAGGAGGAGGAAAAAGAAGAAGAGGAGGAGGAGGCAUAAAUAAAGAGGAAUACUAAAAAAAAAAAAUAAGGUCUCCAGUAUCCUUUAGAGAGAGUGAAUCACGUCAAUUAAUCUUGUGUUGAAUUUAUCUUUCUUACGAGA